GCGCUGAGGAGUGGGCGGGGCCGCCGGGCGCGCGCUCCCUUGGCUCGCUCGUGCGCAGGCGCGCGCUGAAGGCGGGUGCGCCGGGCCUUUCCGCCUGGCCGCUGCUGAGGAGAGCUGAUGGCGCGAAGAGGCGGGAGAGCUGCCGCCGCCGCUUCUAUCGGGCCGCUUGGCUUGAGGCCCUGAGGCGACGCCGGGCUCCAUCGCCAUCCCUGGACGCCGGCCCGCGCCCGCCAGGAGCCCCGCCGAGCGGCUAGCGGAGGGGGCGCGGAGGAAAGCACCGCCGCGUAGAGAAGGGAGGACCUCGCCUGGGGCGUCUUCGUCUGGGCAGCCCUCGGAGCCCUCCGGGGAGGCCUGUUUCAGACAACCAAUGAGUAUCACCAGUGAUGAUGUCAGAAAGUAAACCAACCAUUUCCUGCCCGUUCCAGUUUUUACAAACUUGUAUGAUGCAAAGGCUACAAUUCAACAUCCCAAAAACAUUGAUUUUAAAACUGUCUAGAUGAUUGUUGUUGCUUUGGUUGUGCUCUAUGCAAGCAGAAACCUUUUCCAAGGUUUACAGCUGACCUUUGAACAGCACAUUCUGUGUUUGCUACAAACCUUGGGAGUUAGCAGCAUGGGCAAUUCCUGUGUUUGUCGAGAAGACAGUGGUGCAGAAGAGAAUGCAGAAUCCAGGAAUCACCAGGCAGAGAACAGCAGAAUGCCUGUACCUGAAACAAGGAGCCAUCAGAGAGACCCAGUACGGCCCCCCCGGCGGGGGCGGGGGCCACAUGAACCCAGAAGGAAAAAGCAUAAUGUCGAUGUGUUAGUCCUUGACACACUGGCAGUAAUUCGGACCUUAGUAGACAAUGAUCAGGAACCUCCUUAUUCGAUGAUGACCUUGCAUGAAAUGGCAGAAACAGAUGAAGGAUGGCUGGAAGUUGUCCAGUCCUUAAUAAGAGUUAUUCCAUUAGAAGACCCCUUGGGACCAGCUGUUAUAACUUUACUCUUGGAUGAGUGCCCAUUACCAACCAAAGAUGCAUUGCAGAAAUUGACGGAAAUAUUAAAUUUAAACGGAGCAGUGGCUCUCCAGGAUGCCUGCCAUCCCGCCAAGCAUCGGAACACCACUGCAGUCCUGGGCUGUUUGGCAGAAAAGCUCGCAGGCCCGGCAAGUGUAGGUUUACUCAGCCAAGGAAUCUUGGAGUACUUAUUGCAGAGCUUGGAGUUCCAGUCCCAUCCGACAGUCAUGCUUUUUGCACUAAUCGCCCUGGAGAAGUUUGCGCAAACAAGUGAGAAUAAAAUGACAGUUUCUGAUACCUGCAUCAGUGAUCAGCUUAUUUUGUUAGAGAAAUGGACCAAUAAUCCAGACUACUUAAAACGCCAAGUUGGAUUCUGUGCUCAGUGGAGUUUAGACAAUCUCUUUUUGAAAGAAGGCAGACAGUUUACCUACGAGAGAGUCGACCUGGCCAAUGUGAGGGCUAUGCUGAAUAGCAAUGAUGUCAGUGAAUAUCUGAAGAUCUCACCGCACGGGUUGGAGGCCCGAUGCGACGCUUCGUCUUUUGAAAGUGUCCGAUGCACCUUCUGUGUAGAUUCCGGAGCUUGGUACUAUGAAGUCACCGUCAUUACUUCCGGAGUGAUGCAGAUAGGAUGGGCUACUAAAGACAGCAAGUUUCUCAAUCACGAAGGUUAUGGUAUUGGGGAUGAUGAAUACUCCUGUGCUUACGACGGCUGCCGGCAGCUGAUCUGGUAUAAUGCCCGAAGUAAACCACAUUCUCACCCAUGCUGGAAGGAAGGUGACACUAUAGGAUUUUUACUGGACUUGCAAGAGAAGAAGAUGGUUUUUUAUUUAAAUGGGCACCAGCUUCCUGCUGAGAAGCAAGUCUUUUCAUCAGCUAUUUCCGGCUUCUUUGCUGCAGCUAGUUUCAUGUCCUAUCAACAGUGUGAGUUCAACUUUGGAGCAAAGCCUUUCAAGUAUCCGCCCUCUGCAAAAUUUAACACCUUUAACGAUUAUGCGUUCCUGACAGCGGAAGAGAAAAUCAUUUUGCCAAGACAUAGACGCCUGGCCUUGUUAAAGCAAGUGAGCAUUCGAGAAAAUUGCUGUACGCUUUGCUGCGACGAGAUAGCUGACACAGAACUGAGGCCUUGUGGACACAGCGAUCUGUGCAUGGAAUGUGCCUUGCAACUGGAAACCUGCCCUUUGUGUCGGCAAGAAAUUCAGACCCGCGUCCGACAGAUCGCUCACAUUUCAUGACACGGGGAGAAAGUCUCUUGGGGAUUUGCCUCCGGACCAUUCCAUCCAGCGUCAGAAGAAAGCCAGCUCAAAACGAACUCCAUCUCGCUUCCCCCCUUCCCCCCCCCCCCGGCCGAAGCCCAGCCUCAUCCCCAUAAGGACCAGAGAUGGAAGCCUGUUGGAUUGCUGCACCGUCUCGUCAUCGCGAGAUGCUUUCGUUUAGCAGUCAUGAAAUUUAGUGGUGAAAGCUGACUUAACUGUUUAAUUUAUCCUCAUUCAAGACUGCUAGGGAAGCCUUCUUCAUUCCUUUCUCUGGUUAAUUUUUGCCUCUCCUUCUCAACUCUUUCCACUUAACACACUGAAGACUUUGCACUGGAAACAUUGAAUGCAUAAUCUCCUAAAACGGGGAUGUAGCUGUUUCCCAAAGCCUUUGUUUUGGCAGCCAUUAUGCAUUUUUUUUAUUACUUUGUCACUAUAGUUUCCUGCUGGUCAGAGUACAACCCCUCUCUCUAUAUUUUGGACUGUUUAGCAUAGAAAUGUUAAAAGAGACUUGAAAUCUACAUGAAGAAACUGAUUUUUGAGGAAAAUUAGUUAUUUUCAUUUGUAAUAUUUCUAAUUCCUUCAAUUUCAGUACCUGCAAUUUUGUGAAAAAGAAAAACUAAUUUUCAGGAGGAAUUCUUAUAAAUGCAGCCACAGACUGGAGAUAGUUUGAUAUUCUAGGUAUUUUUAAGGUACCAUUGAUCAUUGCUUUUUUAAAAAAACAACAACAACCCCAAUCUGUUCUCGCAAGUUCUGUACAUUUUGAAAAUACUGAGCUAUGGAUCUUAAGAUCUGGGAAGAAUAUGGAGCAAAUGUGUUAAUAUUGUUUUGAAGAAAUACAUGUUUGAAUAGCAAA